AUGACGCGGACGGCGGGAUGCCGACGCGGCGCGGCGCCGCCGCCCGCGCCUCCCGCGCGUUCGACCUCGACAUGUUCCUCCUCUUCUCCGGUGACGUGUCGAUUUAUCCUCGCGCUUUUCGCGUCGCUGGCGACGUCGCCCGCGUUCGCCUACAGCAGCGGCCCGAACUCGUGCUCCGCGGCGUCGCACGGCGGCAGCGCCAUCAAGUCCGGCGACGGCGGUCACGCGCUCGCGCACGACGGCGGCGCGUCACCGGCGCCCGGCGCGCGUCUCACCGUCACCCUCUCCCACCCAUCCACCGCGUUCAAGGGGUUCAUUCUCAAGUCCGACGAGGGGAGCACGCUGGCGGUGAAGGACGCCACGAAGACGCAGACGGUGUCCUCCGCGUGCAGCGGCGCACUCGGGCACAAGUCCGCGGCGGAUAAGACAUCCGUCGAGGCGUACCUGACCCUCCCGACCGCCGCGGGGAAGACGGUGACCGUCUCGGCCGAGGCGGUGAGGGGCAAGAUGGAGGUGUACAAGGUCACCGCGACGAUUACCACCGCGUCGUCGACCGACCCGUCGCCUCCCCCGUCGCCGCCGCCUCCCCCGUCCCCGCCGCCGCCGCCCCCCGUCCAGUUGAAGCUCGCCGCUCCCGCGGGAUGCGACCCUUCCUCGCUCGGAUACGCGUGCUCCGCCAAGUUAACCUCGGCGGGUGGCCACGACGACCACGGCCAUCGUCGAAGAUCAUCGAGGAGGCGGAACCUGCUGGGCGCGAGCGCGACCGGCGCGGAGAUCGUCCUCCACUGGACCCCAGGGGGCGUCGACCUCGCGGCGGCCGGGGUUUCGUCCGACGUGGCGGUGAGCAGCAGCCACGUGGCGUUCGCCGUGCAGUCCACCAAACACGGCGCGGGUCACGCCGUGGGGGUUUCGUUUCAGGAAAAAGAAAACGCGAUGGUCCCUGCGAACGCGGUGAUUGGCUGGAUCGGAUCCGGCGCGAAUGCGAACGGCCACGUCGGUUCGUAUCGCCUCCAAGGGUACUCCGUCGCCGACGUGGUCGGCCCGUCGAACCCGAACCUGGCGAUCGUGAACGCCUCCGUCGAGGCGAGCGCGUCGACGGGCACGAUUGUUCGUUUCACCGCGAGCGCCGCGGAUAUCGGCGAGGACCGCGUCGGAGACUUCACGUGCGGCGUUCAAACCCGAACAUCGCACCACCACACCGCGUGCGUCAAGUCGAUCGGGUACGCCAUCUCGUCCACCGCGGGUCUGUCGUACCACGACGUGAGCCACGGCGCGGCGGGGGUGGACCUCGUCACCGGGAAAGUCACGGCGAUUAAAGUUCGCGGCGCCGAGCGAUACAGGACGCACGGUUUGCUCAUGUCCGUCGCGUUCGCCGCGAUGGCGAUCGGCGCCACGUCGUCGCUCGUCGCGCACAGCUCGAACCUCGUUCCCAAAUCGCACCGCGCCGCGUGGCACGCGUGCCACGUGGCGACGCAAGUCGCCGCGACGGCGGUUGCCCUCGGCGGUUUGGGGCUCGCGUUGAACGUGGAGGACGGCGCGCCCGCGGCGCUCGACUGGCACGGCCGGGGCGACGCGGACGACGUGUACAGGGCGCACGGCGUGAUCGGGAUCGUCGUGGCGUUGAUGCCGGUCGUCCAGGCGCUGCUGGGCCUGACGCGGGAACCCGGGCCCGACGACGAUAAGAAGGGCGGUGAGAAGGCGAAUGACGUCUCGGAAAAUAGCGGCCGGAAAACGCCCAGGCGCUCGGCGCACAGGGCGCUGGGGUGGGCGAUCGUGCUCGGCGGCCUUGCCAACUGCGUCCUCGGAGCCGAGCUGCUGAGGCGCAAGGUUGGGGAUUCGCCCGCGCCGUACGUGGCGUCCGCGGCGGCGUUUUUGUGUGUGUGUGGUGUCGCGUUGGCGACCAAGUCGGCGCUUUGGUUCAAGUCGACGGCGGACCGGGACAAGGUUCGCGCGUACGUUGGGGACGCGUGA